CUUUUAGAGUCAGCAUCAUGUAUCAGUGCUAAACAAGUCUUCUCAAAAAUCAGACUGGAGAGCUUUUAAGCAGAGGCUGACCUCCAACACACAGCUUGUGGAGUUCAGCUAUGUCUUCUCUCAGGACUGUUUUAAAUGACUCUGUCAUCAUUCAUCCUCCAGGCUUCUAUAUCAUUGCAUUUCAGACAUUUCCCUUCAUCAGUGUCUAUUUCAUCUUUCUGGCAUUUGUCUAUGUGGUUACAGUGCUGUUCAACUGUUUGGUGAUCUGUGUAAUUGUCUUUAAUCAUUGUUUACACACUCCAAAGUUUCUGGCUGUUGUCAAUCUUGCAGUAAUUGAUAUAGUCCUUAACACAUGCCUUAUUCCCAACAUGAUAAAAACAUUUCUUGUCAAGGACAACUUCAUUCCAUUCAACUUGUGUUUGGUACAAAUGUUUGUCUACUAUGCUUUUGGGACUUUGGAGUCAUACGCACUUGCUAUACUUGCCUAUGACAGAUUGAUUGCAAUAUGUUUCCCUCUGCGUCACAACUCCAUCAACACACUGUGGAGCAUGUCUUGUAUUGUUGGCCUGUCUUGGGCUUUUGCUCUGGGAAUCAUUGCAUUUGCCGUGGCUAUAAUGACUCGACUGUCUUUUUGCCAAUCCCUCAAAGUGUCCAGCUAUUUCUGUGACUAUGCACCUGUGUUUAGACUCGCAUGUAAUGAUAACACAAUGCAGUGGUCUGUCGCCAAUUUUCUUACUUUCUUGCUCCUUGUAGGACCCUUUACUUUUAUUCUUCUGUCAUAUAUGAGCAUCCUGGUGACUGUAUUCAGGAUGAAAUCUUUAGACAGUUGUGUGAAAGCUUUGGCUACUUGUGUUGAGCAUAUCAUCCUUGUUGCUGUAUUUUACAUUCCUCUCAUUACCAUUUUUACUAUAGGGUUUAAUCUCCGUUUAAUUGACCCAGACCAGCGUGUGCUGAGCCUGUCGCUGGCCUCUUGUAUCCCACCCUGCGUCAAUCCUAUUGUAUAUUCUCUGAAAACUAAAGAGAUCAAAAUCAGAGUCCUGGCGCUGGUAAGGAAAACUAAAAUUGGUACAGACCAACAAAAGAACAAACCUUGGAGGGUUAAUAAAAGAUCGCAUAAGUUCAGGUAGUGGGUCAAAGGGCUACCUAGGCUCUUUUUGUCCAGAUUGCUUCAUUACAACAGGUUUAAUAUGGGCUUUAAGAUGAUGUGUUUUGACACUGCACAGGUGUUGUGUCGAAGUCGGUUUCCCCUUACUUCACCUGACC